ACGGAUCGCACAAGGGGAAUGCGACGAAGGAACAGUUCAGUAUCAGCCGACGGAGGAGUGUCGUUUUGUCGUUGUUCGAUCGAAUUCUCCGUCAACUAUGCUGUUUCCGCUUUUCGCUGACAGAACACGAAUGAAACGUACGGUGGACAGGCACGUGAUUAAUGAAACAAUCGACUAGGGUUCGACGUCGUCACGAACAUCCAGUCGGUUUGUGGUCGACUUCAAAACGAUCAGUCCUCGUUCGAGACACACGACAUGUGGCCAAAAUUUCGAAGCGGCUCAAGACUCUUCGCUAAAAAUACAUUUGCCAAACUAUCAAAGUGUUACAAGAUUAGAGUGAAAACAGAGAUCAGUGAUACGUUCUAAUGAAAGGAGUCGACCUUUUUCUCAAUCAUGUCAGUGACAACGUGCUUCCGUCACCCGGUCUUUCGAACGUAGUCGUGAUAUCAUGAAAAUUUAUGAAACUCAACCGAAGACAGCAAUCUCUUGGUUAUCCCCUUAGUUAUUCACGUGCCGUGAAAUCCUCGUGAUCGUCUGUCAGUCUAUCUGCAUCGCGCAGGGAAACGAGCGCGAUUCGGUGAAACAUCAUCGCGCAUCGAUGGAGUCCGUGGCAGUUGUUAAAUGGAUCUUCUCCUUGUAGCAACAACUAUAUUCGAAAAUACAGACGAAAUUCGUUGGUAAAAAUUAUGAGAAAACAACGUCGUUUAUACCGUGCCCUUUAUCGAGCGCAUUAAAUUCGAUGCACGAAUGCAUGGUACGGUGAAACAAUCACGAAACAUAUGUAUGCAGGAAAAUCACUAGUGUCGAAUUUCAAUCGGGACUCCCCACGUCCCGUCAAUAAUGUUACUAAACGAUAUCAAUAACAUAGCUACCGUGCCAUUGUUUCUCGUCUUGUAAAAAAACGCGCGAACAUUUGACAUGUGCGAUAAGCCGGAUUCUAUACAAGUUACAUAAACGAGAAGCAGAACAAUUACUACUCGUGAGCGGAGUAUGAACACCGUUUAUCAGGUUUUGGUAUAAUGAAGUCAUCCAUGAAAAUGGGGGUGGUAGCCGUAAUAGGUCUGUUCGUGGUGUUCUACCAAUAUCAUUUGUCUACCAGUGUGCGAUUCGAUCAGAUAACUGACUUUAACACGGGUGGAUCCGCGGAAGAUGGUCCCGUGCUAUCCCAGGAAGAAGUAGAACGCUACGUAAGGACGUCGAAAUUCACCGAAGAAAUGAUCAAAAGCGCUGUGCGCCGAGUUCAAGAGAUUAACGGACUUAGUCCAGACAUAGCGUCGAUGUUAGUGCAACAGCUAAUAAAUCAUUUGCACAAGAAUAUCUUCGAGCUGGGCGAGAACAAUUCGAAGAUCGCGCGAUUCGAACCUAGUCGAAACGCGACAUCGAACGAACAGCAAGAAUCAUCGAUGAAGUUAAACAAAACACCGGAACCGCUGUACAUAAUCACGCCGACGUAUCGCCGACCAGAACAAAUACCCGAGCUUACCAGGAUGUCGCACACUUUGAUGUUGGUAAAGAACAUUUACUGGCUCGUUAUCGAGGACGCGACCGUUGCUACCAAACAAGUCACGAGGCUGCUACAGCGAACAGGAUUGAAGUUCGAGCAUCUCACUGCUCCAAUGCCUGAGAAGUAUAAGCAGAAAAAGGGUGCCAAACCACGAGGCGUAUCUAAUCGAAAUCGUGGCUUGCAAUGGAUCAGAGCGAAUGCGACCAAUGGCGUUUUUUAUUUUGCCGAUGACGAUAAUACCUAUGACAUAGCUCUUUUUGACGAGAUCCGUAAAACGAAACGAGUCUCCAUGUUCCCCGUUGGAUUAUGCACCAAAUUUGGUUUAAGUUCUCCCAUCAUUAAGAACGAGAAGUUCGUUGGAUUUUACGACGGUUGGAUCGCUGGACGAAAAUUCCCGGUCGAUAUGGCAGGUUUUGCGGUAAGCGUGAAGUUUCUACUUCAGAGGCCGAAUGCAUCGAUGCCGUUUAAGGCCGGCUACGAGGAAGACGGUUUUCUGAAAAGUUUGGCGCCAUUCGAACCAAAGGACAUCGAAUUCUUGGCCGACAACUGCACCAAGGUGCUCGCUUGGCACACGCAAACAAAGAAAAAUGAACCAAGUGCGCCCCUUGAUAUGAAACUAUAUGGUGAAACGAACCUAGUUAAACUGAAACAACAAAUAGUAUGAUGUAGUCUGACUACGAUUGCACUUCCGAGUUCGAUCUGAUUUUAAUCAUUAAUAAGUACGACAAACAAAGUGAUUCAGUGCCUGAAGUAUCGUAAAGUACGAUUGGCGUAGCAAUGAUCUUCUUUUCUGGUCUUUUAUUCUUCGAAAGAGUUCGAAAGAAACUAUAGCUUGUUUAAAAUGGACUGGUUGAACAAAAUUAUUUCCCUUGUUAUAAAUAGACACUAUAUAGGCUAUCUUUUUACGUUGCUCUUUUCUUAAACAGACUUUAAAGUGGAAUUACAAUCUAUGAUAGAAUCAUAUUAGAUUAUUUCAUGUUAUUUCAUUUUAUGUAGAUUAUUUAAUCUUGAGCGAUUGAUAGAUUCGAAACAAAAUAUAGUUUUGUUUAUAAUUCAAAAUUCUUAGAAGAAGCUAAUGUGCAAAGAAAAUGGGAACUAACCAAACUUUGUUGCAGUGGUAUGUUUCUGUAUAGCAUAGAGUAUAGAGCAUUAUUUUAAAUAUUAACGUAUUAAUUUUAGUUGUAACGAAUAACAUAUAAUGUGUAGGGUAAAGACCAAUUAGCGCGAGAAAAGUAAUUUGAUUUAGUUACGAUAAAACUAAGAGAACUGUGAGAAAGAAAAAUCUUUAUCGUUCAGUAUAUACAACUUCUUGCAUUAUCUUCCGUUUCGCCUUGCAAGUUGUUUGUUUUCUGUGUAGGUACUCUAAAUUUGAUAUGUGAUCAAUGGAUCAAUUUUUUUUAGAAUUCCACAGUGAAUAGCGUUCGUCAAAUCUUUAAUGAAACAGAGUGAAUGCAAGUUACCUUUUAUACUUAUCGUUGUUGUACAAAUAUCGUUUUAUAGUAUAUUUCUAUAACAGCGUAAUAUAUUUUUGUCUUGUGAAACAACGAACAAAUACAAAGUGUUUUGCGAAAUAGCAAAUAGGAAACCUUAAUAUUUUAACGUUCUGUUUUUAUAAUUAGGAUCCUUAAUAUUAUUAGUUCAUAUUAUUUUGUGUUACUUUUAAGGAGAUUGCCUACAUGUGUAUAAUAUAAUGUAUUAUGAAAUUAGGCAGUCUUAAAUGAAAAAAAGAAAACGUCGAUAAAGGAAGACAUUAUGCACACCGAUUUUUAAUGGAUUGUAUGAAAUAUCGUAAGAUUAUACAUAGUUCGCGGAAGGAAGAACUUCGAUCGUCGAACGUGAAUUCAUAUCGAAUGCAUGCGUAGAUAGGAAACAAAUGAAAUGUAACGAAGCGUUUCAAAAGGUCUGUAACCAAAUCUCGCAAAGAAAUGCUAAUUUGUACGACUUUUAAAUGAUCAACGUUUAAAGUCGAAAGUAGAGUAUAAUACGGAAAUUAAAAAGUUAUUUUGAAAUUUUAAUAGACCUUUUGAAGCUUCAUCUUAAUAUGCAACAUUGACUUACCAAAGUAAUGCAAGUGAUAUACAAAAAAUCUAAGUUAAACAGAGAUAUUUUUCAGUUCUUGAUUAUUGGAACUCGAUGUUUCAUUAUCAAAACGUUUAAGUUCUCCGCGCUCUUGUUGCUCAAAAUAAAUAAGAAAAAUAAUUUAGAAUGCGGCACGCAUCUGGAACGUUAUUAUCUAGUCUAACAACGUUGUAAUGAAUCUUAAAAUUAUCAAAAAAUCUAUUACCGCAGUGUCGAGCGAAUAUAAUUGUAUAUUUCUUUGAAAAUUCACAGGACAAACGCAAAUUCAUUUUUUAUAAUUUUUUGAAAUAUUCGGUAUUGGAGAUUUACAGUAGUGCUACGUUAACUGACCGACAUUGUUGAAGAUCAAAGAUAAUUGGAAUUUUCUAGAAAUAUACCUCCUUUAAUAACUGGCCAGAAGUCCCAACCCGUGGCCAAUUAGCGAAGCACUAUUAUAAUCUUUAUGUUACAAACUAUAAAUAUAUUUAUACGUAUUAGCCAGAUUUUGUCGACACAUAAACAUAGUUUCGUGAAAGCGUUUCGAGCACUACGUGUAAAUUGUUAAACCAAGUCUGCAAUUUCCUGCAAUUUGCCCGUACUCUAAUUAAGCGGAGAUACUAUAUCAUGAAAGCAAUAAACUCGUUGUUAGAUAA